AUGGCGCUGCCGAGCUUCAUCCCGCUCCUGGCCUCUCUCCCGAUCCUUUUCCCGUCGGCGACGCCUUCAGACCUCCCUCCCCCGGCCCCCAACAUCUCGGUGACGCCGUCCAAGCCGCAGUUCCUCAUCGGCGACGCCGUGUCCAUCGUCUGCGCCGCGCCGGGGCCGAUGAGCACCGACCGGAUCCAAGGGUUCCGCUUCACCGGGACGGCCGGCUGGGUCACCGACGUCCGGACGUCCAGGAGCCGCUUCGUCCACACCUUCGACGUCACCGGCCCGCGCGACGGCGGCUUCUACAGCUGCUCCUACACCGUCCUCCGGCGCGGCCGCGGCCAAGUCCACUCCCUGGCCAGCCAGGCCGUGGUCGUCAACGUCCGAGAUCGUCCAGCCCAACCCAACUUGACGGUGACGCCCUCCAGCGUCACCGUGGAAGGGCAGCCCCUCGUCUUCUUCUGCGUGGCCCCGCCCGGUGCCGCCGAGCGGAGAUUUGGGUUCUUCCAGGAGGAGCUCGAGGUCACGGAUGGGAUCCAGGAAGGUUCUGGAGCUGGCGGCGUCCGGCUGCGGGUGGAGAAGAGCGACCAGAACCAGACGGGAAACUUCAGCUGCCGCUACGAGGAGAUGACCGAGGGGCGUUGGAUCGCGUCCUACCCCAGCGAUGCCGUCCAGGUCAUCGUCAAAGAUCCGUGCCCGCCCCCUCUCCUGUCCGUGGAGCCGCCCUCGGGCGUGGUGGCCGCGGGCCACCGGCUGCUCCUGAGCUGCGCCGCGCCCCGGCGCGACUUCCGGCGCCGCUUCCGCUUCUUCCGCGACGGCGCCGAGGUGACGCCGGACGCCGGCGGCGACGUCGCCGGGAACGGGUCGGAGCUGCUCUUCCCGCGGAUUUCCCGGGAACUGGCCGGGAAUUUCAGCUGCCGGGUGGAGGAGGAGGUGGGCGGGGCCUGGCUGGAGGCCCCGCCCAGCCAGGGCGUGGCCGUGGUGGUCUGGGGGGGUGCCUCGCCCCCAGCUCCGUUUGAGUUCCUCCCAUUGGUCAUCGGUGGCGUCGUGGGCGUGGCCUUGCUGCUCCUGGGGAUCCUAUUGGCUGCUUGGCUGUGCCGGAAAAGGAGGGGGAGUUCCCGCUGGCGGGGGCUGAGCCCCGGCGACGACACCGGCACCUUCCCCAUGGGGAACUACGAGGGGGCGGCCUGAGCCGGGCCACGCCCACCAAGAUGGCCGCCGUGCACCCAGACCACAUCCCCGAGAUUGCCAACGACUCACAGACCGCCCUCCCAAAUGAUGCUGAGACCACGCCCCCAAGAUGGCCGACAAUUUGCAGACCGCCCUCCCAAAUAAUGCUGAGACCACGCCCCCAAGAUGGCCGACAAUUUGCAGACCGCUCUCCCAAAUGAUGCUGAGACCACGCCCCCAAGAUGGCCGACAAUUUGCAGACCGCCCUCCCAAAUGAUGCUGAGACCACGCCCCCAAGAUGGCCGACAAUCUGCAGACCGCCCUCCCAAAUGAUGCUGGGACCACGCCCCCAAGAUGGCCGACAAUUCAUGGACCAUGCCCCCAAAUGAUGCCCAGACCACACCCCCAAAAUGGCUGACGUGUUGACCACGCCCCCAAAUGAUGCUGAGAUAAUGAACCCAAGAUGGCCGACUACUCGCAGACCACGCCCCCGAAUCACGCGGUGGCCACACCCCCUAAGAUCCCAUGAUCACGCCCCCAAAAUGGCUGACAACUUCCAGACCACGCCCCCGAAGGAUGAUGAGACCACGCCCCCCAAAUGGCUGACAACUUCCAGACCACGCCCCCGAAGGAUGAUGAGACCACACCCCCAAAAUGGCUGACAAAUUCCAGACCACGCCCCCGAAGGAUGAUGGGACCACGCCCCCAAAAUGGCGGACAAAUUCCAGACCACGCCCCCGAAGGAUGAUGAGACCACGCCCCCAAAAUGGCUGGAACUUGCAGACCACACCCCCAAAAUGGUGCAGAGGCCCCGCCCCCAACAUGGCCACCUGUACGAAGGCCACGCCCCCAAAAUGGCUGAAAAAAUAAAGGCCACGCCCCAAGAUGGCAGCUGAGGCUGAGGCCACACCCACAAGAUGGUGGCAGUGGGUGGGGCCAGGCCAAGGCAGCCAAUGGGGAUUGGUGGGUCCAGUG